AUGUACAAACCGGGGAAGGAACCAGGAGUGACGAUGGUGAUUCUAACCACUAAGAUUGUACAGAGAGCGUCACUCUUUGUGGCUUUUGGUGGCCUUGUUACGACGUUCAUUACUACGUUUUUGCCGCUAUGGAAGACGAUGAACUCAGAGCUGAACGAGAUGGAGAACUGGUACGAAGGUCUGUGGCAUACUUGCAUUUUCACCGAGGAAGUGGGUCUCCAUUGCAAAGCCUUCGAGUCUCUUCUCGCGCUGCCUCCUGUCACGCUCGCCUCAAGGAUUCUCAUGUGUUUAUCGAUUGUGACCGGUUUCCUCGGCGUGUUGGCAGCAUUUUUUGGACUUGAUGGCGUUGAGAUCGGGGCUGGCCGUGCCAGGCUAAAGAGAGGACUCCUCAUCCUCGGUGGUGUGCUGAUCUGGGUGUCAGGACUCACUACUCUGGCACCCGUUUCACUAAUUGCAUAUGUGAUGGUGGUGGAGUUCUGGGAUGAGGGUUUUCCUGACGUGAUGCCGCGCUGGGAGUACGGUGAGGCCAUGUUCUCCGCCUGGUUCUCAGGACUUCUGUUGGUCAUUGGAGGAUCCUUCCUUUUUGUGGCAGUGUGCAUGAGGAACCACGAAGUCAAACAGCAAAGGGAAAUCUUUUCACCUACUCAUGAACUUCAACAUAGGACUCAACACUACCUAAAGACAGAGGUCUUAUAGAUUUAUUUUUCAUUUUCCAUUG